AUGCCUGGCUCAGACGAACUCGAGUAUCUCAAGUCGCUCGUUUCGCAGCUAAAUUCGAAAAUCCAGGCCUUGGAGGCCAAGACGAAGGACGCGGUCACGGGGCAGAAGAAAACGCCAGCACAGCAGUUGCGCACCGUUCUCAUGGGCCCUCCUGGUGCAGGGAAGGGCACACAGGCGCCGCGAAUCCGGAGUGAGUUUUGUGUCUGCCAUCUUGCCACGGGCGACAUGCUGCGCGAGCAGGUCGCCCAGAAGACCAAGCUCGGCGUGGAAGCCAAGAAGAUUAUGGACGCGGGAGGGCUUGUCAGCGACGACAUCAUGGUUGGUAUCAUCAAGGACCAGCUUGAGAACAACAAGGAGUGCAAGAACGGAUUCGUUCUGGACGGCUUCCCCCGUACAGUGCCUCAGGCCGAGAAGCUUGAUGCCAUGCUCGACGCGCGGAAAGAAAAGAUCGAUUCCGUUGUCCAACUGGUCAUUGACGACCAACUGCUCAUCUCUCGAAUUACUGGCCGGCUGAUUCAUCCCGCUAGCGGUCGAACAUAUCAUAGAGAGUUCAGCCCUCCCAAGAAGCCUAUGGUAGACGAUGUUACUGGCGAACCCCUGAUCCAGCGCUCCGACGACAACGUCGAGGCUUUGCGGAAGCGUUUGACGGUAUUCCACUCGCAGACAGGCCCGGUAAUCGAGUAUUACAAGCAGAAGGGAUUGUGGCGACCAAUUGAUGCAGCGCAGUCACCGAGUCUCGUGUGGGACAACCUGCGGAAGCAUCUGCGCCAUCGCCAAUCGCCUCCCCCGCCUCCCUCUGCAGCGCGCAGCUUCGUCCGGAAUGAAAGACACAACACCUCUCCAGCGAGGCAUGGCCUGUCUCUGCUGUCGAAGGAGGAAAAUGGUAUUGUCCCAAAAUGCGACGGCUUGCGCCCAGUCUGCUCCCAAUGCCUCAAGUCGAAUCGCUCGACAGAGUGCCAGUACUACGAGAAGAAACAUGUCAGUCGCACCCAGCUACUCCGGCAAAAGGUGGCGAAACUCGAAGCUCGUCUUCGCCAGCUGGAAUCGGAACAGGCUGACUCCGAAGACUCCCCUCCUUCGUCUUCGUCGUCGUCCUCUUACGCCCCAUCACCCUCAGCCUCAUCUCACACAUCUCCCGCACCACACUUCCACAACACGGAACCCAAAUUGCCAGCUUCGUCCAGCUCUUCCGCCCCUAUUGUCGAUGCUGGCUUACCACUCGACCUGCCCCUCUCAUCUUCAUUCGAGUCCAGCUGGUGGGAGGAUUCAGAAUCAUUCUGCGAGAAUAAACAGACACUCGUCGAUAUAUUCUUUUCACACCGACAUCAAUGCGCAUUCGAUGUCCAUCUCGGGAGAUUCCAAGCUUCCCUACAUCUCGCACCUCCACAUCGACCCCAUCCGGCUCUGCUUGACUCCAUCUAUCUAUUAGCAUGCUACUUCUCACGACUUCCCCAUCUCAGCGAGCUCGAAUCCCACUUUCUCAAACGUGCAUUGCAGGGCAUCGCGGAGGCCCUGCACAAGCAAGACCGUAUUGUGCAGGUCCUACAGGCAUCGUGCUUGAUAGCUGUUUACUUUUUCUGCAAUGGCCGCGCUCUCGAGGGCUACUACCACUCGUCCACCUCCGCGCGGCUAGCGAUCGACCUGGGCCUGCACCAACUGCGCGCCGCUGACUGUAACGUGACUCCAGUCCCCUCUGCUGAAAUUUAUGAUCCUGUAUAUCCAUCCGAACAACCAUUCCAUCUCUUGCCGCCAUGCGACACCAUCGAGCAUGCUGAGCGAAUCGCGGCGUUCUGGCAAAUCUGCAUCGUAGACCGCGCGUGGUCUGUCGCGACGGGCUUGCCGUCUGCACUGCCAGACGAUGUCCAUCCAAAGACGCAAAUCGAGACGUCCUGGCCCAUGAGCAUCAUGGAGAUGUCGAUGAGCCUCGAGGUCGUGGGCCCGCUAUUGCUGGUGUCACCGUACAGUACGAUUAGCGCCCCGGCGUCGUGUGUGGCGGCUUCGAUCGUGACAUUGCGCGCCAAGGCUGUGAUGCUGUUCGAACGCACGGCACGCUUUGCCGCAGCUGCGGAACACAGCGCGCCUGACUGGGUUGAGCAGCGAUCACUGGAGAUGUCGGUGGACCAGUUCGCGGCGAAUUUGCCAGGGAUCAGCCGGUACGCGACAGGGCCUUUCGGAACCGCACAUGGAGAGCCAGAUGUGGACCUGGUGCAUAUCCACACGCUCAUCUAUGUAGCGACGAUACACCUAAACCGGGAUCUAAUUGAAGGUCAGCGGGCGUCGUUCGAGAAGUGCCUUGUAUCGGCAGAUGCAGUAACAGCUAUUGUGCGGGAACUAAAGGAUCAGGAUUACGGCUUCCUGGACCCUAUCAGUGGGGCAUGCUGGCGCUAUGUUGCGGACGCCUACUUGCAGAUCCUGAGCGCCGUGCAAAGAUGCGCAGGCUACUGUGAUGUGCUCGCAGUGAACGAGAACCUGAACAUUCUGCUCGUCGCUAUGCGACGACUUGCGUUGUUCUUUCCGAUUGCUGGGAUACAGGCAUCCGAGAUAGAGCAGCAACAACUAUUGCAGCAGGCCAUCCCCGUUUGA